UCGUUACAGGAAUUUUGGAUUAUUUUUUUUCAAAGAAAAGGUGUGUAUAUAUGUGGAGUUAUAUUACCCCGUGAGGUCGUGUUGUCAAUACAGUUUAACUGCCUUUGAUAAUGAAUGUCAUGCGAAAUACCUCGGGAGGAAUAAUGUCUUGCAGUGAACAGAAAACGGAGUGCAGUGAAGGUCAUUUGAAGGGUAACUAAACAAUACUCCAGACAAGAAAUUAAACCCGGCGAAUGGACUAGUCACUGUGAAGGGAAAUCAGCCCUGCUCAAGGUGACAGCGCCAUUGUCUGUGUUAUAUAUAUUGUAUUUUUUUUUCUCCUAUAUUCUAUUAUCACUGGAUUAAACAUGAAAAAAAUGUCAAUGAAAUUUAGAAAACCCAAAAUGAUCUCGUAGUCCCCGCCAAAAGUAUAAGGGAAAGGAAAGAAGACGGGCACGAGCAUCUAUAGAUUCCAAUGACAAUGAAAAACACGAAUUCGAACGGCCGGAGCUCAAGCGGGAGCAGUGGGCGAAGCGGGCACAGCAGGAGCGGGAAUGGAAGCGGAAGGAGCAGUAAAAGCGGAAGCAGUAGGAGUAGGAACAGCGACGCGAGGAGGGAGAGCGUGCGACAGGAUUCUCUGACAUCCUACGGGGACGACGAGUCUGCGAGCUUCAAGAGGUCUGUGAUGGGGUUCAGCGCGUCCCUGCAGGGAGAGCAGAGCCACGCCGCGCUCUUGGCUCGCCAGGACGCCGAACUGCGGCUCCUGGACACGAUGCGGCGCGUGCUCGUCGCCAGAGCCAAGUGCGAUCGGGACUACGCGGCGGCGCUCACCCAGCUGGCGCACACGGCGGCCAAGAUGGAUGCGUCCGAUAACGUGCUCGACGACUCCGAUUUGCAUAAGGCAUGGCAUAUCAUGGUGGAAGGUCUGGACGAAUGGAGUAACAUCAUGAGGCAAAACGCGGACACCCUCGUCAUAGACACGGUGGAGAAACUGGCCGCCCUCAUCACGGAGAAGAGGGCGUCGAGGAAGGUCUACUAUGAGGAACACCAGAGGAUUACGAAUGAGGUGUCGAGGUUACAAGAAGCAGUCAACAAGUCAAAAAAUAAUUAUGAACAGGCCCUUGAACACUACAAGAGCUCAAAAACCAAAUAUGAAGAUCAGUAUCUAAAAGGCAAACCGGGUCGCAAACUCGACGAGCUUAAGGAGAGAUAUCAAAAAGCGUGCAAGAAACUUCACCAAGUCCACAACGACUAUGUCCUCCUGCUCUGUGAAGCUGCAGACUACGAGAGGGACUUUCGGACAGUGCUCUUGCCUGGUCUGCUCGAGUACCAGGAAAGAGUACAGGAAGAUAUGAUUGAUAAAUGGCGAUCAAUAUUAGCAGAGGUGUGUGAACUAACAGACACAACCCAAGGCCGAUACGCACAGCUCCAGGCAGAAGUGGCAUCGGCAGUUUCAGCAAUAUCCCCCAAGACAGAAUAUUCAAUUUUUUCAGAGACCAACAAGAGCAUGCUGCCUGAUCCCGUCUCCUUCGCUUUCUGCAAGGAUCUUUUAGGGAGUUCGCCCCCAGAUCCUGUAUCCUUCGAGUUCUGCAAUGAACUCUUGGGAGAUGGUGUAGGAUCUCUCCAGGCAGGUCAGCUGGCCGUAGACUCGCUCACUGUAGACUCCUUACGCCUACGGCUCAAUGACAUCGAACACAGCUUACGCGAGGUCACGACGCAGCUCCGAGAGAAACAGAAUCUCCUCAACCAGCACGAGACUGAAGUUGUUAAUAUCAAGACAAAUUCUCUGCAAGACAGUAACAUUGCCUCAAGGUUACCAGUUCUAAAAAGGGCAAGUGAUGUGUUACGCCGUGAACUGAAUGAAUUGCGAUGUCGUGAGUCAUGGUUACAGCACCAACACCGCCUCAUCCACGACCCCCUGGCAGCUCUAGGGUGCGAGGAAGCCCCCCAGCCUUGGGAAGCAACGCAAGUUAACGGAGAUUCGGGCUACCGUUCUAGGUCAUUACUGUCUUUGAACUUUGCGGGCCUCAGGUCUAAUUCCAUUUUCGCUCUCAAUUUUCUGCACCAACGCUCGGACUCCCUCUCCCUGAAGUCCCGAUCGGCAGCAAUAAAGGAACUCUUACGAAAGCCUUUCAAUCGAAGUAAGACGAGCGACUCCCAAGCCUCCACGCCUCCAACCCCAACAAGAGCCAACACGGAAGAGAGAGCCACGGAACCCGACCAACACUCGCUUUUGGAAAUGACGCCUGGUGGUCAGGCUGAGGUCCCACAGGCCGUUAAUGGAGUGCAGGAACUGACGUACGACCCAGACCGAUGCCUAGAGGACGAGCCAUGGUUCCACGGUGUGCUGCCCAGGGAGGAAGUAGUUCGGCUCCUGGUCAAUGAAGGGGACUAUCUUGUCAGGGAAACAACGCGGAAUGACGAGCAGCAGAUUGUCCUCUCCGUGUGUUGGGGCUCUCACAAACAUUUCAUUGUGCAGACGACUCCUGAAGGACAUUAUCGGUUUGAAGGACCAGCUUUCCCAACGAUCCAGGAACUGAUUCUUCACCAGCACGGAUGUGGAUUGCCGGUCACAAACAAGUCAGGUGCUAUUCUCCGCAACCCCAUAUUCAGAGAGAGGUGGGAACUGAACAACGAUGAUGUGGAAUUACGGGAUAAGAUAGGCAGGGGUAACUUUGGUGAUGUGUAUAAGGCGCGUUUACGGGACUCAGGAUUAGAGGUAGCUGUCAAGACUUGCCGAGUGACAUUGCCAGAUGAACAGAAAAAGAAAUUCUUACAAGAAGGACGCAUUUUGAAGCAAUAUGAUCACCCUAACAUUGUCAAAUUCAUUGGCAUUUGCGUUCAGAAACAGCCUAUCAUGAUUGUCAUGGAAUUGGUGCCUGGUGGCUCUCUGCUGAGUUUUGUGCGGAACCAUAAGGGUCAGCUGACAGUGAAGCAGAUGAUGGGAAUGUGCCUCGACACCGCUUCAGGCAUGGCUUACCUCGAGUCGAAGAACUGCAUUCAUAGAGACUUGGCGGCAAGGAACUGUCUUGUGGGUCAUCGAAGCAUUGUCAAGAUUUCAGACUUCGGUAUGUCAAGAGAAGAAGAAGAAUACAUUGUCAGCGACGGCAUGAAACAGAUUCCAAUCAAGUGGACGGCUCCUGAAGCUCUGAAUUUUGGCAAGUACACAUCAUUGUGUGAUGUGUGGAGCUAUGGUGUGCUAUGCUGGGAAAUCUUUUCAUCAGGAGAGGUUCCUUAUCAGGGUUAUUCCAACACAAAGGCUCGAGAGAUGAUUGAUUCAGGUUACAGGAUGUUGGCACCACCCAACACCCCAGAGGAAAUGUACCAGCUGAUGCUAAAGUGCUGGCAGUACGAACCGGAAAACAGGCCACACUUCUCGGAUAUUUAUGCUGCCGUCGAUAGUAUAUAUGCCCCAUUAUAGUGACGUGCUUUUUUUUGGUAAUAGUAAGAUGAAUAAGGAUCCAUUAUAUUAAU